CGCCUACUCCUACCGCUGUCGCCCGCCCUCCCGCAGUCUCGGGUCCGGCGUUAGCUGGCGCGGGUCGUGGGUAUGGAGGGUGACGGUGGCAAGGAGGGCGGCCUGGGGCGCGCCGUGUGCGUGCUGACGGGGGCCUCCCGUGGCUUCGGCCGCGUCUUGGCCCCACUCCUGGCCCGGCUGUUGUCGCCCGGCUCUCUGAUGGUCCUGAGCGCCCGCAACGACGAGGCGCUGCGGCAGGUGGAGGCCGAACUGAGUGCCGAACGGCCGGGCCUGCGCGUGGUGGGGGUGCCCGCCGACCUGGGCGUCGAGGCCAGUUUGCAGCAGCUGCUCGGCGCCCUGCGCGAGCUUCCCAGGCCCGAGGGGUUGCAGCGGGUGCUGCUUAUCAACAAUGCGGGCACUCUUGGGGACGUGUCCAAAGGCCUCGUGGACCUGGGUGACCCAGUUGAAGUGAACAACUACUGGGCUCUGAACUUGACCUCCAUGCUCUGCCUGACUUCCAGCAUCUUGAAGGCAUUUCCAGACAGUCCUGGCCUCAACAGGACAGUGGUUAACAUCUCGUCCCUUUGUGCUCUGCAGCCCUUCAAGGGCUGGGGACUGUACUGUGCGGGGAAGGCAGCCCGUGACAUGAUGUUCCAGGUCCUAGCCACAGAGGAGCCUAGUGUGAGAGUGCUGAGCUAUGCCCCAGGUCCCCUGGACACAGACAUGCAAACGUUGGCCCGGGAAACCUCGAUGGACCUAGACUUGCGAAAAAGUCUGCAGAAGCUGAAGACAAAAGGGGAGCUUGUGGAUUGUAAGACUUCAGCCCAGAAACUGCUAAGUUUGCUGCAAAAGGACACGUUCAAGUCUGGAGCCCAUGUGGACUUCUACGAUAAAUAAGCCAAUGUCCUUGGCUCCCUGUGGCUUUCUUCCCUGGGAGCCCUGUGCCUCCCCUCAUCCUGCCACAGUGGCACCGCCAAUCCUGCCUUACCCAGAUAAGCAUUUACAUCUACUGAGCUUCCCUCAGAUCCAGCCGGCAGUGAGGGCCUUGGGUGGCCGGAGUCCCAGCUCUUAGGAACCUGUUGACUGCCCUGAGUUAGGGGAAGCUUGGGGGAGAGAAGUAAUGGUUACCAGUGUUCUCCCCAGGAAUAGAAUUUUAGGAGUGGGAAGAGCGGCACAAGAAGCCGAAGUCUUGAAGAGAAGAAGUUGGGUCUCAUCGCCAGUCCGUGGCUGAGCUAAUGUCAAAUAGGAGGGCCCAUGUUAGAUUCACAGCCCACAGGGAUGGGAGGACAGUGCAAGUUUGGCACACAAGGAUGCUCCGUGCUCACGGUAGCGAGACCUUGUGUUGUGCUUCAUGUCCUCAUUCUCAUGCCGCCUCCCUCCAGAACCUGCCAUCUGUCCCCCAGAUGGAGGAAAGAGGCUUCUGAGAGUUUAUGUACAUGUAAAAAGCAGAUACAAAUAAAAUGUGGAUUGGCCUUUA